AUGGCUUCACCACCAUCUCUUCCUUCUGAAAUAUUGUUUGAUCAGAUUUUAACGCGAAUCAAAUCACUCUAUAGUCUAGGCCGUUGUAGGCUGGUUUCGAAGGACUGGAAUCACAUCACAUAUGACUCAUGGUUCUGGCAUUUGUUUUGUAAGAGGAGCGGCACAGUUUCUGGGCUUUUAAUUCCGAACAAAUAUUCAUCAACCUUGGCGUCUAUUGAUAGUAAGUCCAACAAGACUUUGAUACUUUCAUCGCUACUAAACUUCUUGCCUGUUCCUGUCAAGAUCAAAGCUGUCAGUAGUACUCAUGGCCUAGUGUUUUGCGUGAGCCAAAACCCUAGACCCUCCUCCGUGGCACCUGAUUAUUUUGUGUGCAAGCCGACUACUCUACAAUAUGAGAUAUUACCCAAUCCAAAAACUAGGUACUUUAACAGAAUAACUGCUAUGGUUGUGUUGAGCUCGAAACCCUUAAGGUACAAGAUUAUUCGGUUCUCAGAUCCCAAAACUCCAAUCUCCGUCUACAAGCCUCAUCAUAAACUAAAAAGCUACAACAACCUAAUGUGCGAGGUGUUUGAUUCAAACACUUGGGCAUGGAAGAAACUGAAGGAUGUUACUAGUUUACCCUAUUGUGUUUUCUUCGGUUUUCACCGGCCUUGUGUAACAGCAUGCGGCGCGUGCUACUGGCUUCUAACAAACAACCAAGUAUUCGCUUUUUAUUACGGAGAUAACGAAGAUAGAUGGGAAAUAUUUGAUUUACCGCAGCCGGUACGUGAUAGUGACUGUUUCAAUUUUAACCAACUCGUGGAGUACCAAGGUCAUCUUGGUUUGAUUUAUUUUGAUAGAAGAGAGACGUUCAUGAAGUUAUGGGUAAUGGAAGAUCAUGAUAAAAAAGUAUGGAGCAAGAGACAAGCAUUGAACAUUGAUCUUGAAGUUCUUGAAGAUUUGGAGGGCUAUUGUGCUCCUUUUCCUGAAGCACUUUACAACAGUGAUAUUGCACUGAUGAAAGGGUUCUACAAAGUUAUCUUUUACAACUUUCAGGAUUCUAGCUGUAAGGUGGCUCGGCUACGGGAUCAACCUUAUGAGAUUUUCAAGCUGCAGUCGGAUUUUGAGAAAGUUAAUUUGAGGGGUCCGUGGAGAUGGCAAGACUUUAGUUUCAUCUUCUUCUUGUUUGCUUUUGCUCUGUUUAGUUAUGGUUUAUGUUUUGUGUUAGGUUUAUAA